AUAAAAAAUUAGGUGAACUUUCCACUAACCUCGAUGGAGUAAGAAAAGGGGUCGAUGAUGCCAAUGCCAGAAUUGAAGCCCAAGGUAAAAAGCUAGGUGAAGAGAUGGGUAAUAUAAAAACCGAACUUGAAGGAGCCAUCCAACAGCAAGGAGAAAAAUUCGAUAAAGAAUUAAAAGCCUUAGACAAAAAAAUUGCCAAUGCUACCGGUCAAAUGAAAAAGGACUUAGAAAGGGAAAGGCAAGAACGUAAAAACGAAAUGGCUCAACAAAAGCAAGAGUUAGAAAGCCAAAUUAAGGAAGCCACUAAACAACUAACUAAGGCUCAAGAAGAAUUAAAAAAAGAACUGGACGACUUCAAACAAGAAGUCAAUGAACGCUUCGAACAACAAGAAAAGAAAAUUCUCGAAAAUAAACGCAAAAUCGAGGAAGAAAAACGCCAACGAGAGGCUGAAAUCAAAGAAGUCAAAGAUAAAAUCAAUCAAGCCAACACCAAAAUCAAUAAUCUCCAACAAGAAAAAGACGAACUCCAAGAAAACUUCCAAAAAUACCAACACUCCACCCAACGGAAAAUGGAAGAAGUUCAGCAAGAUUUUGAAGACUAUCAAGCCGAAACCGACAGCAAAUUCCGCACCCAACAAGCCAAGUAUCAAGCCGAUUUAGAAGAGACCAAAGAAGAAUUUGAAGCCCAAGCAAAAAACCUGGACACUCAACUUAAAGAUAACCAAGAAAUCUUAGCCGAACACGAGGAAGAUUUAGCCCAAGUUAAAUACGAACAAAAAAAGCAAAACAUCCUCAAUCAAGAAAUCUACGAAGAAUUACAAGAAACUAAUGAUAUUCUUUUUGCCCAACAACGCAAAUUAAACUUAGUUUCUCAGCAAAUGGAAGAUAUUCAGGAAGAAGUCCACCUGAGAAUGGAUAAACUCUCCACUCAACUAGAACAAAGAACCGCUCAAACCCUCAAUAUCGCUCAACAAGCCCAUCAACGAGUAGAUAAAUUAACCCAAGAAGAAGAAAUAGAAAAAGUUCGUCAAGCAGCCAAACGGGAAAAUGAACGCUUAGAAAAUAUUAUUAAAACCCAGCAAUUAUUAGAUACUUCGGUCGAGGAUGCUAAAAUAGAUAAAAUAAAAAAAUCCUUAGAACUCAAAGCCGAAGAGGCUAAAUUAUUAGCCACCCUCAAUCUCUUAAAAGAAACUAAGCAAUUA